GUAGUUUUAGACAAUUUUAGAAAAAGAAAAAAAUAUAACCUAUAUAAAAAAAACAAAAAUCAAAACCCCGUAAAACCCAAAUACCCGCCUUAGUCCGCAAUUCGUCUUCAGUCAACUGGUCAGUCCUCGUCCGUCCUCCCGACAGCCCGCCGAGGAGUAUAUACAGGCGGCGACAAGGAACUUGCAAUCACAACAAUGUAUGGUGGCGAUGAAGUUUCGGCAAUCGUGAUAGACUUGGGGUCUCACACUUGCAAGGCAGGUUAUGCUGGUGAAGAUGCUCCCAAGGCUGUCUUUCCUUCUGUAGUUGGAGCAAUUGACCAAAUGGACAUUGAUGGUACUGAUAAUCCUGAAAAGAACACAACAGCUCUAGAUUCGAAUAAUACAGUGAAAACCUUUGAAUCAGAAAAAGACAAGAGCAAGCGCAAGCUAUAUGUUGGAUCACAAUCGUUAGGAUUUCGUCGUGAUAAUAUGGAGGUUUUAUCACCUUUUAAAGAUGGAGUGGUUGCUGACUGGGAUAUUGUUGAAAGCAUAUGGGAUCAUGCUUUCAGGGAAUGCUUAUUGAUUGAUCCAAAGGAGCAUCCUAUGCUACUUGCAGAGCCAUCCUCAAAUAGUCAACAACAAAGAGAAAGGGCAGCUGAACUGAUGUUUGAAAAAUACAAAGUUCCAGCUUUAUUCUUGGCCAAGAAUGCAGUUCUUACCUCAUUUGCAUCAGGACGGGCAACAUCUCUUGUAGUUGACGGUGGCGGAGGUUCAACCACUGUUGCCCCAGUACAUGAUGGUUAUGUGCUUCAGAAGGCUGUUUUGUCUUCAUCAAUUGGAGGGGAAUUUCUCACUGAUUGCUUGACAAAAAGUUUGGAGAGCAAAGGCAUUUCUAUCAAACCUAGAUAUUCUUUUAAAAGAAAGGAAAUACGACCUGGUGAAUUUCAGACGGUUGAUCUUGAUUUUCCAAACACAACAGAAAGCUAUAGACUUUACUGUCAGAGGGUUAUAGCGAGUGACAUCAAAGAAUGCGUGUGUCGAGCACCUGAUACACCAUAUGAUGAAAGUGCAUACUCAAAUAUUCCCAUGACGCCAUAUGAGCUUCCUGAUGGACAGAUGAUUGAAAUUGGAGCAGAUAGGUUCAAGAUUCCUGAUGUUUUAUUCAACCCGUCAUUGGUUAAGACUAUUCCUGGCAUGGAGAGUUAUGUUGACACUGCUGCUUCUGCUCGUGCCUUACCUCAGAUGGUCAUUGAGAGCAUCAACAAGUGUGACGUUGACAUCCGAAGAGAGCUUUUCAGUAGCAUACUGCUUGCUGGAGGUACAUCAUCAAUGCAGCAAUUAAAAGAACGUCUUGAGAAAGACCUUCUAGAGGAAUCUCCUCAGGCUGCAAGAGUUAAGGUCUUGGCUAGUGGAAAUGCAACUGAAAGGAGAUUUAGUGUUUGGAUAGGAGGAAGUAUACUAGCAUCUCUUGGUUCUUUCCAACAGAUGUGGUUCUCCAAGUCAGAAUAUGAAGAGCAUGGAGCUUCGUAUAUUCAGAGAAAAUGUCCUUAGGAAGCUUCCAUAUCUACUGUAAUCAAUAUGGAUGGAUCAUGGCUGUGCCUUUUAUUUGUUUAGAGAUCUUUUAGCACCCUUGUAACAUCGUAGGAACUUAUUGAAACACGUUUGUAGGUUGUCGUUUCUGAUUGUAUCAUUUUUAAUGUAUUUUCUAAUUUUAUUGCAGAUUAACAAGAGUUAGAGCUUUCUUGUAUAAGGAUGCCACUUUAUUAUCUAUCACUGCUCGAUCAUGGAAUCGAGCUCUUGACUGUCA